UCCAAAAAAGAAAUAGACGUAGGAUGUGCAUUUCACGUGCAAACACCCCUCUCCGUAUAUUUACUUGCGGUGAAAGCACGAAAAUGGCAACAGAGCCACGGUGGUAGGGUUCGUCGUCACUGUAAACCCUAAUUAUCGUUCCUCUGAAAAUGGCUUUUCUUAGUAGAUUCGGCAAUCUGCUUAAACAAUCAGGAAGCAAUCAUGUCAAUAUGGGAUUAUCUUCUUCAAAUUCACCACUUUUCCAGUCAAUCAGAAGCAUGUCAUCUGCUAAACUCUUCGUAGGAGGUCUUGCUUAUGCAACUGAUGAAAUGGGAUUAAAAGAAGCUUUUCAGCAAUAUGGAGAAGUGAUAGAUGUUAGAGUUAUCACUGAUCGUGACUCUGGUAGAUCUCGAGGGUUUGGAUUUGUUAGUUAUACAUCAGCUGAUGCAGCUAAUUCUGCUCUUCAGGAUAUGGAUGGAAAGGAACUUGAUGGUCGAAGGAUUAGAGUGAGUGUCGCCCAAGAGAGGCCCCGCCCAUCAUUUGGUGGUGGUUAUGGCGGCCCUGGUGGCGGUGGAUAUGGAGCUGGUGGUGGUGGCGGAUAUGGAGGAGCUGGUGGUUAUAUGGGUGGUGGAUAUGGUGGCGGCAACAGUAAUAUAGGUGGGUAUGGUGGUGGGAAUCAAAAUGCUGGUGGCAGGAAUGAUCUUUUCAGUGGGGUUUUAGGUGGUGGUGGUGGUGAUGCCGGAGUGUCACCUGGCGGCAAUGAAGGUGGUGGUGAUGAGAAUAUGAACCAUUUUGGUGAGGAUGAUGUUCAGGAGAAUGAUGAUGAUUAUGCCAAUACUUGUAACAAGUGAAGAUGUGAAUAUAUGAGUCUACUAGUGGCUAGAAUCCUUUGGACUAUUAUACCCCUGUGGUGAAUAAAGGCGGUGAUUAUGGUGUUAGUGGUGGUUUUCCAGUGGAGGAAAUAGUAUAGGGAAUGUUUUCUGGUGACAGGUGUUGAUGUUUUUGUCGUUUAGAAUGGAGAACUCAAGUGUUCUGUUUUUGGUUUUUCUCCAAGUGAAAAUAAGGGAUUUUGGCAAUAAUAUUUAUAGUAUAUGAAUAAACUUUUUCGCAGCGUGUAAAAAAAGUAUUUAGUGUUUUAA